AUGCGUCGAAAGAAUCUUCCUACACGGAACAAGAAUAAACAUCCAGCAAUAAAAAGAAAUACAAAGAUACUUUUAGAUGAAACCCCUCUAUUGAACCUCUAUAUUACUCUUCGUUAUUACUCGACAUCCACGCUAAACCCUUGGAUCUCUUCUUUCGAUCGUACAGAUCAAACUUACAUCAUCUCAAAGAAGGCAGAGGCCAUUCUUUCGACGGUUCUCAUAGACAUACUCGAGGAAUCAUUGGAGGAUGCAAGAAAUCUAGCGGUGACCGCUGGCAAGCACAGUGUGACCCAUAAGGAGAUGGAAAGGUCGCUGAGGAACCUCUGCCUGCGUUUGAGUACGGUGCCGGCAUACAACGCGCGAAUUGGCCCCCGGAACAACGACGAGGACAAGGAUUCCGUCAAUUCUUUCAAGAUUGUUUCAGAAGGUUCACGACGUCGUUGCAGUACCUCAUCACGCGGUCACGGGGACUGUAGUCACAAAAUAGUGACAAUCUAUCGAAAUCUCCGUUUCCUUCGGUAAUCACAAGCUGCCACGGUGAUCAAUGACGCGCCCAAAAACUUUCGUUAAU